CUACGGCACGGAUACGCGCUCAAUCACAGACUAGCAUUUUGCGGUCUGCGGCGUUGAGCAAGCAGGUAGAUCCUGGAGGCCGUUGAUUGACAUCCGAAUGUCGUCAAAUGAGAUUUAAGUUUGAGCAACGGCUGGCCUAUGCAACCGAGGCCAAUACAAUUGGUCGGCCUAGCUAGCCGUGCAAGCCACGUCUUCAUUGAUCUAGACAACGAGGAGCUACAGCAGGGUAUCAGAGCGCAAGUUCUGCCGUCGUCCGAGCAAAAGAGCCGAGUCCGCCACCGUCGAGGUCCGCGUCGCGUGCGGCAGCGCUCGCACUGUCGCAAGCUAUCGCUCCUUGUCGCUCGGUGUCGGACAGUGUCGCAAGCUGUCGGUAAUUCGUCGUACGCUGGAAUGGGUAUAUUUUUGAAGCCCAACGGUCUAGGAGCCUGUGCAGCACGAGAGAUCGGCCGCCAUGAGUACGUGGCUGCGUGUCAGCCACCAAUUAAAGGUCCGCGUCGCACUGCAGCGCUCGCACUGUCGCAAGCUAUCGCUCCUUGUCGCAAGCUGUCGCUCGGCGUCGCAAGCUGUCGGUCAGUGUCGCAAGCCGUCGGUAUUUCGUCGUAUGCUGGGACGGAAGCAGUCCGCAUCUUUAAUCGUUAAAAAUGCAUUCUUGGUGUGCGCACGUGGCAGUACGUCGGCCAAGCUCUGCCAAGCUGCAGCCCAAAACGGCGCGCAGGCCAUCAUCAAUGAAUUCCUCCAUGCUACCUGCGUUCAUCGAUUGCAUCCACAAGUCGCGCGCCUUUCCAUUGUCCAUAACCUCGACAGCGACAAUAACAUCGUUGUCGCCCGUCGCAAGACAGAACGAUCUCGGGAGCGCCCUUGGAGUCGAGGAAGUGCAGCCCGAACGUCAUCAUGCCCGCUGUCUCCAUAGUCGUCGACGCAGAGACACCUAAGCAGUCAGAGCAAGCAGAGCUUCAUGGGUGAGCAUCCUACUAGCAUAUUACCACCGGCCG